AUGGGUUGGGGCGCAAUGCACCUGCGAUCCAUGUUAAAUCACCGUUUUCGCGAUCAACCUCGGAUGAUGGACAUCGUGCCUACAAGAAUACAACUAGAGAACCGCAAAGCUUUCCUCGUUCGACAAUCCCCGGACGGGUGGGAUGUGACGAACCAUGCUUCCUUCACUGCUUGGGCUAGUACUCGAGUCUGCUCGACUCGAGCGCAGUUCGAAUCUGUGACGGACGUGGCCGACAGACGGAUGGAUGACAUGCUGGUGCUUGGUACCUUCACUUUUGAGGGUCAAGUCGAAGGGGAGGGGAUAUCAUUCGGUGUGAUCGUCACUUCCAGGCGCGUGUUUUUAAACGUGACGAAGGCUAUGAGAGACCAAGGUGAAGAGCUCGUGUGUGCAACUGACGGCACGUAUAAACUCCAUUUUGGCGGGUGGACUGUUGUGGACUGUGGCUCUACAGCUGUGACUUGGGCGCGCGGGAAGAGUGUUCACCGCUUCAUUCCCUGGGCGUACAUGUUCGUCAGAAGCGAGUCUAUUGCUUCGUACGAACGCAUGUUUCAGGUGAUUUCAGAACGGGCUCAGACUCUCGACCAUUCGGAAGCUAUUGCAUCUGCGUUUCAGCAAGCGACCUAUGACGAGAUCAUUCGGCCUGGUGUUGACCUGCUGCGGUCGGCUCGAACGCACCGGCAGUUUGUUAAGAUGGCUACUGUCAUCACGGAAAACUGGAUCGCUCGCGGUGAACGCACGUACGCAGAGUGGUCCAAGGACGUGUAUUUGACUGAGAGAUGGAACCGUUGGCACAUCAACGGUGCCGGUGUUGGUGGGAUCGCACCGAGCCAGCAGGGCAUCGAGUCCUAUCAUAGUGUGAUAAAGAAAACGUGUGUACCUAGCUCAAGGGCAUCUACAAGCAGUGUUUUGCAGGGAAUUCUCCCACGCAUUCUGAGGUCCGACGGGGAAUCGCUUUGUCCUGAUAGUGCCGCCCACUUUUGCGAAGGCCCGGUUCCCCCUGAGAUGAUUGCAAAGGCUAUGCGACUAGUGGCGACAGAGAGCAACUACAAGCAAGUCUUCAAAGGCCGAGGCCGCAGUCGCCGCUUGGUAACGAUUGUGUUUAACACGUCGAAGUGCAUUGUGGGGGGUCGUGGACUGCUGGGAGCUGAAGUUGACGACGAACGCGCAGAGAAAUUCCUACACUCUCUAAACGGGAGAUUGCCCCGCGGCAUCAAGGCCAACGAAGUGGAAGCCGAACUGCUGUCUUUGCACAAAGUGUUGGUGAAGUCACAAACACUCCCUGAGGCCUUUGAACUAGUGCCGAUUUGGUCGACUGAACGCAUCCAAAGCGUACGGGGACUUCUACACUGCACGUGUGAAGCGUUCGUGCGUUCAGGAUGGUCUCAUGUCCUAGCUACUUUGUCGAUCCUGGGCCUACUGAAUGUGCAGGCCGCUAUGGCAAGUGUGCCAGUAAGGAGAACUCCUGGGCGCCCUCGAACUCGUCGUCCCGCUCUGGCCCGCGAAACAGAUCAAGACGGUUUCUAUGAUGUAGACCGGCUAAUCCGGCUCUUCCUUCGACAGACUGGCCAGCCCCUGCACACAUUCAUCGGAGAAGUAGUAGCCCUUCGGCUCUCUGACGGUGUGUACAAGUGGUCAGUGAGAUUCGGGGAUGGACGCCUUCUAGACUACGAAGCUGAGCAACUUGCGCGAGCGGUGAACCGCGCCCACAGUCUUCAAAUCAGCGUCACGAGCUAG